AUCCCUGGUGUUGUAUGUUUUUUUGCUUGUCUUUUUUUUCUCCCGCUUUUUGCCCUUGUUCUUCUCCCUUGACACUUUAUUUUUAAUCCUGUUCUCGCCAUCCUGUUCUCAUGUUGUGGAUCGCAUGAUGCAAAAUACAAUACUAACCAGCGGUUGAGGUUCUUACGAUUGUACAUCGUCAAAGACUCCAAACUGAACAACCACGUUGUAUUCAAUAUGUCGCCAUCCUUUGUCUCGAUCAACCAAGUCAGGAACGCUGUAAUUAGCACCAUUAGACAAACUGUAUAAAUACUAGAUGUCAAAAUGGAGAUUGGUUUGACUGGGCUGUCUGUCCGUUGAUUUCCAUCGAACAUUCGUCUUCCACGUUGUCGCUCUUUGAUUUUAACUGCUUGGAACAGCAGCCGACACCAACAUUCAUUACAAGAUAUUCGUUGCAACUCUCGCCAAGAAAAAAGGAAACCAAUAACCAUGAUCACUUGCGAAUUCCUCCUCUUCAUCCUCCUCUUCCUCUUCUCCACCGGCCUCGCUCUCCCGACAUCCACCACCACUACCAACACCUCCUCCUCCUCCGCCUUUGGCUUCUACCUCCCCCGCCCAAUUUCCUACCCCACCGCCUUGAUCGGCCCCCGCGAAGAAGGUCCCAAAACCUUCUGCAAGAACUACGGCCCUGUAAUCGACCAAACUUCCGCAGCCUCCCCCUACAGCGUCGACUGCAAGCAGAUAUCCAUCAACGUUGGCGCGGGCGGCUCGUGGAAGUGGGCGACGGGUUCCAAUCCAAAGAUCAUCGCCAAGUACGGCACCUGUCUGGUGGGCGUGGAGGGAGGGGAGGGCGUGCUCUGGGGAAAUUGGCUAAGAACCGGAAACGAGGAUGUGGUCUGGAUGAUUGAAGAGACGCUUAAACUGCCGUUCUAUAAUGGGGAAAAAGUGGGCAGUAAGGGGACUAUGGAGUGUACUACUUUGACGUUGCCACAUCGGGAUUUUGCCAUCAAAUGGGGGGUUUGGCAUACGUAGGCUCGCAGCAGCGGGAGAGGUAAAGGGGGUUAGUUAUAGGUGGUCUGAGAAGGGUG